AUGGCUCUUGCGACGCAGAAGGAGGGUGUUCUACCCUUGCACAUGGUGCAAAAACCUCCCUUCAUGGUCCAAGACACAAACGCUCCCGAAAUCGAGGGCGAGUCCAGGCCGUACCGGCAUUUCAAGGCUCAAAACGGCCUCAUUACCCGCCCUUCUCCCGACAUAGCUACUGUCUAUGACCUGUUUACGACGACUGCGAAGAGAUAUGGCGACAAGGCCGCAAUCGGCUCUCGUUCCUUAGUGAAGACACAUGUCGAGAAGAAGAAGGUGUCCAAGGUGGUUGAUGGCGUUACGUCCGAGGUCGAGAAGAAAUGGACUUACUUCGAGCUAUCUCCUUACAAGUUCCUCACAUACAAGGAGUAUGAGGCGCGCGCGCUGAACGUCGGUGCCGGCCUCAGAAAGCUAGGCUUAGAACCCGGCGACAGGAUACAUAUCUUCGCCUCGACAAGCGCAAACUGGCUUUCUCUGUCGCAUGGAUGCUCUUCGCAGUCCAUCACUAUCGCUACCGCCUACGAUACGCUUGGCCCAGAUGCUGUGGAGUAUUCACUCACACAGACUGAGGCCAAGGCUAUGUACACCGAUCCUCAUCUCUUUAAGACGGCCAGCCGUCCCCUCAAGAAUGCAAAGGAAGUUAAAUAUCUCAUUUACAAUGACUCUACUAACAUGCCCAUAUCGGACGAGGAAUUGGCUGAAUUUAAGGCGUCGCACCCUGAGUUGACUAUUCUAUCGUUUUCCGAUCUGGUCGCUCUCGGUGCCGAACACCCCGUGCCCGCUGUCCCACCUAAGGCAACAGAUCUAUGUUGUAUCAUGUAUACUAGUGGCUCCUCUGGUACUCCUAAAGGUGUACCCAUCACGCACGAAGGCUUGGUUGCUGGUAUCACAGGCCUAUAUGAAGUUAUUGCCGAGACGAUUUCUUCUAAGGAGGUUGUUCUCGCUUACCUUCCGCUUGCACACAUCUUAGAGAUGGCAGUGGAGAACCUUGUUAUCUUCAUAGGAGGAACUCUGGGAUAUGGAUCUCCUCGUACCUUGGCUGAUACCUCGAUGCGAAACUGCGCUGGAGACAUGCGCGAACUUGCACCCACAGUCAUGAUCGGUGUACCGCAAAUCUGGGAGACGAUCAGGAAAGGGAUUGAGGGCCGAGUGAACUCCGGCAAUAUGUUGACGAGAAAUCUUUUCUGGGGCGCCUACAACUUAAAAUCACUUCUUGUCUCGAGUGGCUUACCGGGUGGAUACAUCCUUGAUGCAUUGGUCUUCAAUAAGGUUCGAUUACUUACGGGAGGCCGCGUGCGUUUUCUCUUCAAUGGCGGUAGCGGCAUCUCUGAGGGCACCCUGCAAUUCAUGAGCAUGGUGUUGGCACCUAUGGUCACUGGCUAUGGUUUGACUGAGACAUGCGCAAACGGCUCUUUAGGAUGCCCGCUGCAAUGGACGUCUAACGCCAUCGGCCCAGUGCCACCCUCAAUAGAGCUCAAGCUCGUUAGUCUUCCCGACCUCGGCUAUAGCACAUCUUCAAAUCCACCUCAAGGUGAAAUCCUUUUGCGUGGCGCAGCCGUGGCCAAAGAGUACUUCAAGAACCCCGAAGAGACGGAGAAGGCGUACACACCAGACGGGUGGUUCCGAACAGGUGAUAUUGGCGAAGUUGAUUCGUUCGGCCACGUCAAGAUUGUGGAUCGCGUCAAGAACCUAGUCAAGCUGCAAGGCGGUGAAUAUAUCGCGUUAGAAAAACUCGAGGCCAUCUACCGUGGCAGCAAAUAUGUUAACAACCUUAUGAUCCACGGCGACAGCUCGCAACCGCGCCCAAUCGCCAUCAUCACACCAAAUGAGAAGCCACUCGCAGAAUUGGCUCAAAGCCUGAGUGUCGACCAUGGCAACAUGCACCACGACAAGAAGGUGCAGGAAGCGGUACACAAGGAUCUGAUAGCAGUAGCAAAGAAGGCUGGCCUCAACUCGCUCGAGAUGGUGAGCGGCGUUGUGAUUGUCGAAGAAGAGUGGACACCGGCAAGCGGCCUUGUCACGGCGACGCAGAAGGUCAACAGGAGAGGCUUGAGAGAUCAUUACAAGUCAGAAAUCAUGAAAUGCAUGAAGGCGCAGUCUUCGUAA